AUGCGUUCCACGGUAGCUAAGGUGCAUUCCAAAGGUGGUCCUCUCAAAAUCGUACCUAACUCUGCCCACUACGGUCUAGUAUGGAAUGUGGACACAAAUAUGCUAAGAAGCCUAUAUGUCCCAAUAGUUGAGUCGUCUCGUACCUUGCAAUUUGAUUUGUAUAACAUAGUAAUAAGGUGCAUUUUAAGUUGUAGAGCUGCGGUGCGCGGGGGACGCAUGCGGUCCGACUGGUUGCGAGCGACGACCGGAGGCUGCGCGCGCGCAUGUACAAUCGCGUACGUAUAUCGUACACCCACGUGGCUGUAG